AUGAAGACUACCCUUGUCACCUUGUUGGCUGCUGUUCUUUGUGUGGAGCAAGCUUACCCAUUUAUGUGCUAUGUGUGCCAAGAAGAAGAGUCCAACAAGGACUGUUUGACCAUUUCCAUGUGUGAAAAGGAAGACAAAUACUGUAUGACCAUUCUCAAAAACAUGGAAACAAAGCCCAACAAGACUAAAUAUGUCAUUUCUAAGAUGUGUUCUCCAACGUGUCCAGCAAAAAAUCAGCAACAAAACCAAACCUACCCGAGGGUUUCAUGCUGUGAGAAGCCAUUAUGCAAUGUGAAUGGAGUCAGCAGCAAGCAAAGCAGCUAUGGAGUGCCAUUCCUGGGUGUCCUAGCCAGUAUCUCUUACAUCUUCGCAUGUGGACUCUGA